UUCAGCGCCGCCUAUCGACCGAUCGCAGAUCGCAUCUGCUCCACAUUUUCUUUUGAAGCUCCGCCUCUGACCACCGCAAAUCUGUGUAUGUGAGAGAUGAGCAGGAGCAGAAAGCUGUCCGGACCUGGUGCAUGAGAAGCGAGGUCCUCAACCAUCCCAGUCCAGCUUGAGCGUCCGUUCGAUGAUGGCCGCGGCUGUGGAGAGAGGAGGGGCCCGGGCCGCCUUCAUGAACCCGGGCGUCGGUGCACCCGCUCCCGCUGCCGCUGCGCCCGGAGGACCAGCCAUGGCCGGAGCUGGGGGCUCGGGCUCGGGAGCGGCGGGUUUGGGUCCCAUCAUGCCUGUGCCAAUGAAUUUGUUUGCAACGUGGGAGAUUGACCGCUCCUCUCCGAGUUGUGUUCCGAGGUUGUGCAGUCUGACGCUGAAGAAGCUUAUCGUUUUGAAAGAGCUGGACCGUGAACUCAGUUCUGUUGUUAUCGCUGUCAAGAUACAGGGGUCGAAACGCAUCCUGAGAUCGAAUGAGUACAUGCUCCCACCCAGUGGCCUGAUGGAAACAGACCUGGAGCUCACCUUUUCCCUGCAGUACCCACAUUUCCUGAAGAGAGAUGCCAACCGGCUGCAGAUCAUGCUUCAAAGAAGGAAACGCUAUAAAAACAGAACUAUUCUGGGCUACAAGACGCUGGCUGUUGGUGUUAUUAAUAUGGCUGAGGUGAUGCAGCACCCAACAGAUGGAGGCCAGAUUUUGGGUCUCCACAGUAACGUGAAGGAAGCACCAGUGCGUGCAGCAGAACUGAGUGUUUAUUCACUGUCCAGCCAACCUAUUGACCCAGAAGACGGCAGCAGUCAGCCAGAGACAAAGGCCAAAGCUUCAGACCGUUCUCCAGAUAUGGAUAACUAUUCUGAAGAUGACGAUGAUAGUUACUCGUCAGAGCAAGAGGCGAGUGAUGACGCUGUUCAAGGCCAGGACCUUUACGAUGAAGAUGAUGAUGUUCAGCGGAAACCAAAAAAAUCUCGGAGGAAAAUGAUUAGAACCACAUCAAUGACCCAACAACCCAACUUCAAGCAGAAGUUUGUUGCCCUGCUGAAAAGAUUCAAAGUGUCUGAUGAGGUCUUGGACUCAGACCCGGUUGAUCAAACACAGGAGGUUGAAGAUUUGGAUCUUCUGUAUGACAGUCUGGAGGUUUAUAACCAGAGUGACAGUGGCCCAGAGAUGGAGGACAACGAGAGUCUUCUCAGCACUCCCAAACCCACACUAAAGCCGUUCUUUGAGGGAAUGUCUCACUCCAGCUCACAGACAGAGAUCGGCAGUUUGCACAGUCAGAAGAGCCAACCGAGAGAGAAAACCUCCACUGGUGGCGAUCUGUUAACAGUGGAUAAGAACAGGAUGGCGGCUGGCCGAUAUCCGGAUGACCCUACAGUGGUGGACUCUGCAGCUGGGGAGCUGGUGGAGGACGAGGCGGGUGGCGGCAUGGCAACAUGUGAUCCCAGCAUUAGCUGGGACGUGAGCACAGAGAAAUUACCAGGAACAGUGGGAAAACUCUGCAAGGCUGAGUCGCAGACUCUCAUCUCACCUAGUAAAACAGACAGUAAGCUGCAGCGGCGUCCACGAAGCACAUCCAUGAAGGACAGACAGAACUCUAAAGCUCAGAGCGAUCGCACCAGCAGCAUCGAGAGCGAGACCUCGCCAGACUCCAGGCUCAUCACACAGGUUUGUGUCCCGAGGAAAUCAGUGUACGAUCAACUCAACCAGAUCCUGAACUCUGAUGAACAUCUGCCAGAGAAUAUCAUUCUCAUUAACACUACAGACUGGCAGGGACAGUAUUUGAAUGAGAUUCUUCAGGAGCACAAGCAGCCUAUUGUGUCCACCGUGUCCCCCGCAGAUGUUCAGGCCGCCUUCAACACCAUCGUCACCAGGAUUCAACGAUUCUGCAACUGUAAUGCACAAACACCACCCACCAUUAAAGUGGCAGUGGCGGGCGAUCAGAGUUACCUCAGCACGGUCCUUCGCUGCUUUGUGGAGCAGCUCGCCAACAAAACGCCCGAUUGGUUGAGCUACAUUCGGUUUCUAGUCAUUCCUGUCGGUUGCCAUCCACUGGCCAAGUACAUCUCAACAUUUGACAGUAAGUUCAAUAACAUCUUCAUGGACGCCGGAUGGAGGGACGUGUUCGGGAGGUUAGAAGCUCCUAAUUCAGAUAAUAUUGAUGUGGCCGGACGGGUCUCACAGUAUCUGGGUGGAGCCAACCUCUCCCACCAGUUCCCAAUUUCCGAAGCAAUGCUCACCUAUAAACAAAAAAGGAAGAGAAGUUUGUAUUUUGAUUUUUACAUCAGCCCUGAUGAAGACUCCUGCCAGAAGUUUGUCCCAUUCAUUGGGUUGGUGAAAGUGGGAAUUGUGGAGCACAGCUUAUCUACAUCAGUGGACUCUGAUGACGCAGUGAUGGUGGGCAGUGUGAACAUGCUCUCCUCACCUCCAGCACAGACGGGAACACCAUACGGGAAAGACAUGACCUCCACCCCUCCGUCAUCCCCCUCUGUUACUGCCAGUCUCUCUGGAGCAGGUUCUCCAGGCACUGGGGGGGAGGUGAUGGGUCUUCAAGUGGACUACUGGACGUUACAGGGCGCAGAGAAGAAGAAAGAGGGGGAAAAAAGAGAUGUGGGAAGUAAGUACACGCUUAAGAGCAACUUCCGCUCGCUGCAGGUUUCCCGAAUCCCCAGCGGAGGAGAGCCAACACCCCCUUCUGGAAUGGCCAUGACCGUUGUCAUGAAGGAGAAAAACAAGAAAGUGAUUUUCCUGAGCAAGAAGCUGAAAGAGAAGGAUGUGGACUCUAAGAGUCAGGUGAUAGACAGCAUCAGCAGACUCAUCUGCACCGCUAAACACCAGCAUACCAUGCUGAAGGUGUCCAUCGAUGGCGUAGAGUGGCAUGACGUGAAGUUUUUCCAGCUGGCCGCGCAGUGGCCGACUCACGUGAAACACUUCCCUGUAGGAAUCUUUGGCUACAGCAAACCCAUGUGACCUGCUGCUGCCAUUUACGGAUGGGGGAUAAAACAGACAACUGGAUUUUCCUGUGGAAAUGGACAAUAUAAAAGCCUGUGUCCUCAACAGAAAUGUUGUUAGUGAUGUUACUUGUCAUUUUUGUUGCUUUGGCAGUGGAAGGAUCAUUGGUGUGUUUGAAACAAGCACUGUCUUUUAUUUCAAGAUGAGCAGCACAUGUUG